GUUAAAAGACGUUAGGGUUAUUGUGUGUCGAAACAAGACCUACCGCAACCCUAUACCCUAUUGAAAAAUGGGAGAGUCAAGCUGCCGUCUUGCGACGUCUGCACAAUCGGGCCAGACUCGUCCAGAAAUGGAGAAAGUGGCCGUUGUAACAGGUGCCAAUAAAGGCUUAGGAUACGAAUUAGUGAAGGGUCUUUGCGAAAGAUUCUUUGGAAGAGUUUAUUUAACAUCCAGAGACGAAAAGAGGGGCACUGAAGCCUGCGAAAAACUCAAGAAUGAAGGACUUAGUCCUGAAUAUCACCAACUAGACAUUACGAAUAGCGAAAGCAUCAAGAAAUUUGUCUAUUUUAUUCAAAAUAAGCAUGGACUUAUAGAUUUACUUAUCAAUAAUGCUGGAAUAUUAUUUCUCAAAGACGCACAAGAACCAAAGUCUGAACAAGUCGAUAACACUCUUUUAGUAAACUUCGAUUCCGUAGUUAGUUUCACAGAACUGAUGUUGCCAUAUAUUAAAGAAGACGGAAUUAUUCUUAACAUUUCGAGUUCUUCAGGCCAUCUUUCAAGAAUACCUUCAGACGAAAUAAAAAAAAAGCUAGCGAACCCAGGUUUGACAUUGGCUGAGCUAGACGAACUUGUACAAGAUUAUAAAGACGCUGUGAAAAAUGGUUCGGACGAAGAGAUGUGGGGAUCCUCCCCGUAUGUUGUUUCAAAAGUUGCUUUGAAUGCGUACACUUUCAUCUUAAAUCGUAGACUGAGCGAUAAAGAAAUAAAUGAAUCAAAAUUCCUUCGAGAAAUUCAAAGACUGCCUCAUCUAAGACAAUUCACAGGAACAAACAUGUCAUUUAAAUUACCUAAAUCUAUAAAUAUAUAUGGCACCACAGCAAACAACUACGUCAUUCCUCUAUACUUAAAUGAGACUCCCUUAGAGAUUCAAAAAUUAUAUAUAAAUAAAAAUAAAUAUAAGUCAUCGUCAAAAAAGUACUUUUUACAAAAUCCUUCAUUAAUAUAAUUGUAUCUGCGGUAAGCUAAGUAGACAACUAAUUUGUAAUAACUAACAUUUAGUUGAUAAUUAUUUUUUGUUUUGCAUUUUAUUGAUUUCUAUACUACUUUGUUUAAAAUUGUAAUUUAACAUCUUGUAAUAACUGUAUUAAUUGAAAGUAAUUGUUCUUUUCUUUUUAAAUAUUAUGUAAUUUAAUUCUAAGCGGCUUCACACACAGAUAAGCUUCCUAAAGUUUAAGUGUGUGUUAUUAUAUUGUAAGCUGUAACUAUAUUGUAUUUUAAAUAAAUAUUCUAAAAAAAAAGUUAUGCAACAAAUGUUGCAAACCUUAAAAAUUAAAAACGCUA